CUUCACAAUUCUUCUCCAUAAUUUUUUACUCUUCCUCACAGAUUCAUAUAAUAGAUGCUAUUUCAAAAUGGGAAGAUCACCAUGUUGCGAUGAGAGCGGGCUAAAGAAAGGGCCAUGGACGCCUGAAGAAGAUGAGAAACUGAUAAAUCACAUACGAAAACACGGUCAUGGAAGCUGGAGAGCUCUUCCAAAGCAAGCCGGUCUAAAUCGGUGUGGGAAAAGUUGCAGACUGAGAUGGACUAAUUACUUGAGGCCAGACAUCAAAAGAGGAAACUUCACUGCCGAGGAAGAACAAACCAUCAUCAACCUUCAUUCGCUUCUUGGAAACAAGUGGUCGUCAAUAUCUGGUCAUCUUCCUGGAAGAACGGACAACGAAAUAAAAAAUUACUGGAACACGCAUAUCAGAAAGAAACUUAUACAGAUGGGAAUUGAUCCGGUGACCCACAGGCCGAGGACCGACCAUCUAAACGUUCUAGCCGCUUUACCGCAGCUUCUAGCCGCCGCAAGUUUCAACAACCUCUUGACUCUAAAUCAAAAUAUACAACCGGAUGCAACAAGUGUUGCUAAAGCUCAAUGGUUACAUAGUAUGAUGCAAGUCCUCAACAGCAACAACACAUCUUCUUCCGUUGACAUUCAUCACACCAACUAUAAUAUCUUUGGCCAAUCUUCUUUCUUAGAGAACCGACCAAAUAUUAGUGAAAAUCUGUAUGAUCCAACCCAAAGCAUCUCUCGCAUUGAUCACCAGCCUCUAGAUUCGUUUUCUAGCCCGCUUGGAGUAUUUUCUCAUCAAGAUAAUGAAGAUAUGAUUCCUCCAUUGAUAUCCGCCUCUUCUGAUGGGUCUAAACAAACCCAAAUGAUGAUCAAGAACAAAGAGAUUUUGAAGCAUAAUGAGCACACUUCAAACCCUUCCUCAACCUUAACGUUCACGCAAGACCAUCAGCCAUGGUGUGACAUAAUUGACGAUGAAGCAAGUGAUUCUUAUUGGAAAGAUCUCAUAGAGCAAACUUGUUCGGAGCCUUGGCCAUUUCAUGAAUAGAGACGAAAGCAACACAAUAUUAGCAUUUUUUUCUGUGGAUAUUGAUAAUUAACUUUCAUACAAUUUGUGUUUUAAAUU